GGCAGCAGCUGAGAAUGUUGUGUCUUAUCGUAUAAGUUUCUGCUCUUACUUAUCAAUUAAUUUAUUUUCCUCUGGUCAAACAUCUCUGCAUUUAGUUGUUUUCUUCCUUUAUUCGUUUUUAGCGUCCUUGAAGUCGUUGACAGUUCUGCAAAUGAUAUAAACAAUAAUCUUAGUUGUGGGCAUGUUCCUUCCUUUAUAUUAUUUUUUAUUCUUGUGCUGAUAAUUAUUGGCAGUUUUGCUUGUUACAUCAGUCUUUGACUUUUCCAUUCAAUCAGGCGGCUUAUACUUAGUCUGCCUUGUGCUCAAUUUCAUUUUUGCAAAGACUCAUUCUAAGUUUUCCACUGUCUAUAUUAGUUGUUUUUUUUCAAUCCCUGUUUUAUUAUUAGUUUAGUUGGUUUGAUUGGUUUGCAUUUUAAAAUCUUGAUUGAUAGAGAGCAGAAAGGGAAAGAAAGAAAGAAAAAGGGGGUUAAAAAUGGUCGAUGUAGUUGUUUCUGUUGCUGCAAAAAUUGCAGAGUACUUGGUUGAUCCUGUUGUUCGUCCGAUUUGCUAUUUAUUGGACUAUAAAAGGAACUAUCAGAAUCUCAAGACUGAAGUUGAAAAGCUCAAGGAUGCUAGAGAAAGGAUACAUCAUUCUAUUAAUGAUGCUAGAAGGAGGGGGGAAGAGAUUGAAGGUGAUGUUGAAAAGUGGCUGAUUAGCGCGAACAAGACCUCUGAUGAGGCAGAGAGGGUCUUUGAAUAUGAAGAUCAAGAAGAUAACUGGUGUUUAAUGGGUUUGUGUCCAAAUUUUAUGGCACAAUAUCGAUUUAGCGAGAAAUCAGUGAGGCAGGUGGAGGUUAUUGAUAAACUCCUGGAAGAAGGGAAAUUUGCGAGAGUUUCCUUCAAAGCCAUUCUGCAGGAGAUUUGGCCACCUAUCACUGGUUACGAGGUCUUUGAAUCAAGAUUGUCCACUCUGAAGGAUAUAUUGAAUGCAUUAAUUAAUCCUGAUGUGAGCAUCACUGGGAUUUAUGGGAUGGGUGGCGUUGGCAAGACAAUGCUAGUGAAGCAUGUUGCCCGACAAGCUAAGAAAACCAAGCUUUUUGAUGAGGUAGUUUAUGUUGUUUUAACCCAGGCUUUUGAUGUAAAGAGGACUCAAGGUGAAAUUGCAGAUGAGUUAGGUCUGGAAUUCUCUGAGGAGAGUGAAAAUGGAAGAGCCAAGAAGCUUUGUGCACGAUUGAAGAGCGAGAAGAAGGUCCUUGUCAUCUUAGAUAAUAUUUGGCGGCGAAUUGAUUUGGAUGCUGUAGGAAUUCCUUUUGGAGAGGCUCAUAAGGGGUGCAAAAUAUUGCUCUCAUCCAGAAGUCUUGAUAUAUUGUCAAAUGAGAUGGAUUCUCAAAUUAAUUUCUUGGUUAGAGUUCUAAAUGAAGAAGAAGCUUGGUGUCUGUUUAAGAAGAUGGCAGGCGAUUCUAUAGAAAACAGUGAUUUACGAUCUGUAGCGAUGGAUGUGGUCAAGGUAUGUGCUGGCUUGCCCAUUGCCAUUGUGACAAUAGCAAGGGCAUUAAGAAACAAGAGUUUAUCUGAAUGGAAGGAUGCCUUGCUAAAACUGAAGACCCCUUCUCCAGAAAACUUUGAAGGAAUGAAUGCGGUGGCUUAUUCAACUAUAGAGUUGAGCUACAAUCGUUUAGAAGGUGAAGAACUCAAGUCAACUUUUUUGCUUUGUAGUCUAAUGGGAUUUAACUACAGUGCUUUAAUUACGGACUUGGUGAAAUAUGGAAUGGGUUUGGGCUUAUACAGAGGAAUCAACACAAUGCAAGAAGCUUGGGACAGAGUAUAUGCGUUGGUAUAUAAACUCAAAGCCGCUUGUCUGUUGCUUGACAGUUCUACCAGUGAAAAAUUUGCAAUGCACGAUGUUGUUCGUGAUGUUGCCAAUUCAAUUGCAUUUAGGGACCAACAUAUGUUUGCAGUGAGAAAUAUGGUCCUUCCACAGGAUUGGUUUGUCAAGAAUGUACCGAAUAAUUGCACUGCAUUGUCCUUACGUAGUAACUACAUUAGUGAGCUUCCUGAGGAGUUGGAAUGUCCAGAUCUUCAAUUAUUCUAUAUCUACAGCAAGGAUCAUUCAUUGAGAAUUCCUGACAAUUUUUUCAGAGGUAUGACUGAACUUAGAGUUUUAGAUUUGACUAAACUGCAUAUAUUAUUGCUGCCUUCUUCACUUCAACUCCUAGUAAAUCUCCACACAUUAUGUCUGGAUCGUUGCAUUUUGAGGGACUUAACUAUUAUAGGAAACCUGAAGAAACUAGAAAUUCUUAGCUUUCUCAGGUCAAACUUUGAGCAAUUGCCAAGAGAAAUAAGUGAAUUGACUGAGUUAAGGUUGUUAGAUUUGAGUGGUUGCUCCAAACUAAAAGUAAUUCCACCUAAUGUCAUAUCAAGCUUAACCCAAUUAGAAGUCUUGUAUAUGGGUAAUAGCUUUGAUCAUUGGGAGGUUGAUGGAUGCAACAAUGAAAGAUGUAACGCUAGCCUUGAUGAGUUAAAGCAUUUGCCCAACUUGACCACUUUAGAUAUACAUAUCCGUGAUGCCAAGAUUCUACCCAAAGGCUUGUUUUCCGAAAAGUUGAAGAGGUACAGAAUUUUCAUAGGGGAUGAGUGGGACUGGUCUGGUAAUUACGAGACCUCAAGAACUUUGAAGCUAAAGCUCAAUACCAGCAUUUUCCAGGAGGACAACAUUAUCUCUCAGUUGCAAGGAGUGGAAGAUCUAUAUUUAGAUGAACUGCAGGGUGUUGAAAAUGUUCUUUAUGAGUUAGAUGGACAAGGUUUUCCACAACUGAAGCAACUUCAUGCCCAAAAUAAUCCAUAUUUUCUAUGUAUUGUUGAUUCAGGGGAAUGGGUGCCUCAUGAUGCCUUCCCUCUCUUAGAGUCAAUAUUUCUUCAUAAUUUGAUUAAUUUGGAGAAGAUUUGCCGUGGUCAGCUAACUGCAGAGUCUUUCUGCAAACUGAGAAUCAUAAAAGUGGAAUAUUGCUCUAAAUUGAAGAAUAUCUUCUUAUUCUCUAAUGCUAGAGACCUUCCACAGCUUGAAACAAUUGAAGUGAAUGAAUGCAGUAAUAUGGAAGAGAUAUUUGCUAUCCAGAACAAAGAUGAGAUUGACACCCAUGAAGUGAUUGAGUUUAGUCAAUUGCGCUCCUUGACACUAAAAUCUUUACCAUGGCUCACCAACUUCUGCUCUGAAGCGAAAAGUUCAAAUGUACCCAGUUCAGAAGAUGAUAUUCCCUUGGCACUUUUCAGCGAAAAGGUUGCAUUCCCUAACUUGGAGGUCUUGGAACUAGUUGCCAUAAAUUUUCCAAAGUUGUGGCACAACCAACUUCCAGCAGGAUUUUCUUGCAUUCAAAAUCUGACACGUUUGAUUAUUUGGGGCUGUGGUAAUGUAAAAUAUCUGUUUUCAUCUUCUACAAUUGGAAGCAUUGAGCAGGUUCAAUAUCUUGAGAUAAGCAACUGUUCGGUUUUGGAAGAGAUAAUAUUCAUAGAUGAAUUAAGAGGAGAAGAAAAGAAGGACGUGAUUUUCCCUCGAUUAAACUACAUAAAGAUAGAGCAAUGCCCUGAGUUGAGGGCAUUCAUCUCAGAAAAUAUCAGCAUAGACUUGACAACUUUCAAUGAGGAGGAGGAUGUGAGGUUAGUGAAGAUUCAUCAGGAUGACAUAGAACCUUUUUUCAAUGGAAAGGUUAUAUUCCCAAGCUUAGAGGAAAUUGUGAUUUCCCACAUGGAUAAGUUAGAAGUGAUAUGGAACAAUCAAGUUGGGGAGUUUUCAUUUUGCAAACUAAAAUUAGUGAAAGUUGAAUGCUGCAAUAAGCUACAGACUGUGUUUACAUCUAAUUUGUUGGAGAGAUUUACAAGCCUAAAGUCACUAACUGUUUCUGAUUGUGGUUUACUUGAGGAGAUUUUUCAAAUCCAAGGGCUAAAUUUUGAAGGCAAAAAUUGUGUUGCAGAAGAGCUUGCUUUGAGUUCUAGUUCAUACAGAGACAUCCCAUCAAAUGGAGAGGACCAGAAUCAUGCUGGAAGUCUUGCACGAAUAAAAACUUUGAAGUUGAGCUCACUUUCUGAUCUGAAGUACCUCUGGAAACAAGAUUCCAUUCUGGACUUGAUUUUUCAAGAUCUUGAAAUAUUAUAUAUAUCCUAUUGUGAAAAUUUGUUCAACUUGACACCAUCUUCUGCAACACUCCAAAAUCUGACAAAACUAAAUAUUUCGAGUUGUGGGGGAUUGACAAAUUUAGUAUCACCAACUACCGCCAAAAGCUUGGUGCGACUAGAGCAAUUGAAUGUAUAUGGGUGCAAAAAAAUGACAGAAGUAAUACUAGACGAGGAAGAGGGAACAGAAGAUGAGAUUAUUUUCAGGAAAUUGAAGAGGCUAUCACUUGUUAAUUUAACAAGCCUCACAAGCUUUUGUUCUGGGAAUCACUCUCUCAAAUUCCCUUCUUUGGAAGAAUUCAUUUUCAGGGGAUGCCCGAAGUUGAGUACCUUCUCUAGAGGAGUUUUAAGCACACCAAGGUUACGAAAAGUACAGCUAACAUUGGGAGUGGAUAAAGAUUGCUUGGAGGGUGACCUUAAUACAACCAUUCAACAACUAACUGGAAGAAGUUGAAUAUUGAGGGUUCUGAAGAAGAGUAAGCUCAUCCAUCACUACACCAUCAGAAAUAAGGCAGUUUUCCUUUGUAUUUUGUGAGACAUUGCUGCUUGUGUUUCAUCCUAUCAAUGUAGGCUUGUCAGAAGGUCUUCCGUCUCUGUCCAUAUUACCCUGCUUCAGCUUUCAUUCAUAGCAACAUUGUAGACUUUGAAGGUGUUACAACAAUUGUGUUGUCUUUGUUUGAUCAUUCAAGGUUGAAUGGUGAAGAGGUUCAUUUUUUUUUUUUUUUGUUGUCUUGUUGCAGUACUCUAGAUUAAUGUUCUCCAAGUGUAAUUGUCCCAAUGUGCCAUUCUCUGUAUUCAAGUUUGAAUUCUUUUUGAGUAACUUGAAUUGCGAAAUGUUUUCUUGUGUGAUCUGAACAUAUACAUUGAAUCAUUCAUGCGAAGAAGUCUCCUAAACA